GAAUUGGAAUUGCAGCCUUGGUAUCGCUUAGUGCCUAAAGCGACCAACUUUUUUAUUCCAAAAAUAUACGGACGCGCGUGAAUCAUUCGCGACGAAUCGACUCACGACACGCAUAAAUCGAGUGUACAUAUUAUAUACGAAAUAUUCAUAUUCGAAUUUCAAUUACACGUAUACGCAUUCGCAUUCGCGUUCACAAUCGCGUUCGCCGCACAAAAUUUUGUAUUAUUGCUGUCGUUGUCGUCGUUGCAGUAUUUACGCCCCAGCCUGUCGCCUGCCCCCCUUCCGUCUAUCGUCUGUCGUCUGUCGUUUGCCCCGUCGACAAGAGUGUGUUACUAAUUUUGUAUUAAUAGUUGUGUUCUCUGUGUGUGCCCAACAAAAUGUUCAGUUUUCUGAAGCGCGAGACUCGCACCCAAGAGGUGGUCGAGAAUGUCAUCGGUGAGCUGAAAAAGAUUUAUCGCAGCAAACUGUUGCCACUGGAGGAGCAUUAUCAGUUCCAUGACUUUCAUUCGCCCAAACUGGAGGAUCCCGACUUUGAUGCCAAGCCCAUGAUACUGCUGGUGGGACAGUAUUCCACUGGCAAGACGACCUUCAUUCGCUACCUGUUAGAGCGCGAUUUCCCGGGCAUUCGAAUUGGACCCGAGCCGACGACAGAUCGCUUUAUAGCCGUCAUGUACGAUGACAAGGAGGGCGUCAUUCCCGGCAAUGCGCUUGUCGUCGAUCCGAAGAAACAGUUCCGCCCCCUGUCUAAGUAUGGCAACGCGUUUCUCAAUCGCUUCCAGUGCUCGAGUGUUGCGUCCCCUGUGCUAAAUGCCAUUUCCAUUGUGGACACGCCCGGCAUUUUAUCUGGCGAGAAGCAGCGCAUUGAUCGUGGCUAUGACUUCACUGGCGUUUUGGAAUGGUUUGCGGAGCGUGUGGAUCGCAUUAUUCUGCUGUUUGACGCACACAAAUUGGAUAUAUCCGAUGAGUUCCGACGCUCCAUUGAGGCUCUCAAGGGUCACGACGACAAGAUCCGCAUCAUUCUCAACAAGGCGGACAUGAUCGAUCACCAGCAGCUGAUGCGUGUCUACGGCGCCUUGAUGUGGUCUCUGGGCAAGGUGCUGCAGACGCCGGAGGUGGCACGUGUCUACAUUGGAAGCUUUUGGGAUCAGCCACUGCGUUUCGAUGCGAACCGUCGGCUCUUCGAGGAUGAGGAGCAGGAUCUGUUCCGUGAUCUGCAAUCUCUGCCACGCAAUGCGGCGCUCCGCAAGCUUAACGAUCUGAUCAAGCGAGCACGCUUGGCCAAGGUGCAUGCCUACAUUAUUGCCGAGCUGCGCAAGGAUAUGCCCUCGGUGUUUGGCAAGGAUAGCAAAAAGAAGGAUCUGAUUAAGAAUCUUGGCCAGGUGUACGAUCGCCUUCAGCGUGAGCACUCCAUAUCACCGGGUGACUUCCCGGACAUUAAGAAAAUGCAGGAACUUCUGCAGCAUCAGGACUUUACAAAGUUCCAUUCCCUCAAGCCGCAUCUGCUGGACAUCGUGGACAACAUGCUGGCCAAGGACAUUGCGAGACUGAUGGAAAUGAUUCCGCACGAGGAAAUGACGCUCGUCAACGAGCCCAUUGUCAAGGGAGGUGCCUUCGAGGGCGUCAUCGACGACAAUGUCUCACCAUUCGGCUACAUGAAGGGCGAGGGCAUUGAUGCCGGAUACGGGGAACACGAAUGGAUAUGCAACAAGGACAAGCCACGCACAGAUGCCAUCUUCAACGGGCUGGGACCGGUUGAUGGCAAAAUAUCCGGCUCAACUGCCAAGCAAGAGCUCAUCAAAUCAAAACUGCCCAACUCUGUGCUUAGCAAAAUCUGGAAAUUGUCUGACAUUGAUUGCGAUGGUUUUCUGGACAUCGAUGAGUUUGCGCUGGCGAUGCACUUAAUCAAUGUCAAGCUGGAAGGCUGUGAGCUGCCCAAUACGCUACCGGAGCACUUAGUACCGCCGUCAAAGCGUUUUGCUUAAUGCUGAUAGCAUCUAUAGCAUCAAGGCCUAUCCGAAAAGCACACACACAUACACACAACCCCCCACAAGACGGAAAAUUGCUGGCAACUUCAACGUGAAAAAUGCUGCACUCUGUUUUCUUUUUCUUUCCUAUAUCGUUGACAAAACAGAUACUGUCUUUUUAUAUGUACUUUAUUCGUCUAUAAAAUUUGCUGUUUCGGGGUAUUAUCAUAACUCAGAAAUUUAAGCAUUAUAGCCCAGAUAUCAGCAACCAUGAAUUCAUAGAAUUUACACAACAAAUAUUUUUGGAUAAUAAUCAAUUUUAAAUUGUAAAGCGAUAGGAAUUAAUAAUGAAUGAAAAAAGAAAAAACUGAAACUGAAACUAAAAACUAGCUAGUGCAAUUAUACAAAAAAUAUUACAGUCCAGCAUGUGCGCCGCCUAGUUACCCAACUUCACUGUUGAUUUAAGAAAAAAGUACAUAAUAAAUAAACACUUGUUUAAUUAUAAUGAGAAGGCACGAAAUGAAAAAGUAUACAACAUGUAGGUUUAAAUAUGUUUAUGCCCCUUAAAAUUUGCCUAAAACUGAGCCACUUUUGAUAUAAAUAUUUUUAUAUAUACCAGUAUAUAUAUAUAUAUACAAUGCAUUGAAGUCGGUUUAAAAUAACAUAUUUAUUUGCUAUCUUGUUUAAUUUAUCAAAAUGCUCCACGCAUGCAAUGAAUGUUGUGCAAUUCUAAUUGUUGUUUUAAUAAAGCAAACAAUUUUACCUUUGCUUCUUAUUUAGUGAAUUCUUGAAUACUAUUAUUGUGAAAUAAAAAUUUGAUUUAAUAACUUGUAUAAAUUAAAUAAAAUGAACAAUUUA